GCCCAUUUGCACCAACGUUAGCAGUAAGCAUUGCUUAGCUAAGCAAUUCUUAAAAGUAACUACUUCUUAAAUUGUACAGUUGUUGCACCGUCACUGCUUAGACUCUACUUAACCAAGUAAUACUUAGUUGGGGAAUUGUGUAAAAGUUUCAUUUCUAUUGGCAACACUGACGUUUGUUGUUAUUGGAACAUCAAAAAUUUUAGGUUAGUUUGUUGUGUGUACGACAGUCAUUGACACCGCGCGUGUGUAGUUGUGAUAUUGUUGAAUUAAUUUUAUGUGGUGUUGAAUGUGUGUUUAAAAAAUGGAUGUGUUCGACGCGUACGAGGAUGACUUAGAAGUCAUUGAAAUUGUUGAGAUGGGAAUUCCACGGCAGAUGUACACUAGAGCUGAUCAUUUCUAUGGUUUACCAGAGCUUCAAUUUUUCCAAAGAUUUCGACUAACAAAACCAACAGUUUUACAUUUAUUAACGUUAAUUGAAGAACGCUUGGAAUUUCCUACAGACAGAAAUCAGGCGGUGUCACCUAUAAAUCAGCUGCUUACUACAUUACGAUUCUUUGCAAGCGGGGGCCAUUUGAGUACAGUAGCGGACUAUAUGGGAAUGCACAUCUCAACUGUGUCGAGAAUAAUUAGACGCGUAUCGGACGCUAUAGCAAGACUUUACCAGCGUUUUAUUAAGAUGCCCCAAACUCUCAUGGAGCAAAGGCUUAUUCAAAAUGGUUUUUUUGACAUCGCGAGAUUCCCUAGAGUGAUUGGGGCCAUUGAUUGCACUCAUAUCAAAAUUGAAUCACCAGGUGGAGAAAAUGCUGAAGUUUUUCGCAAUCGGAAAGAUUAUUUUUCAAUUAACGUUCAAGCCAUGUGUAAUGCGAAUAUGGAGUUUACAAACGUAGUUGCUCGGUGGCCUGGUUCUACUCAUGAUAUGACCAUUUUCAAUAACUCGAUUUUACGAGCAAAUUUUGAGAAUGGAGAUUAUCCAAAUUGUAUAAUAUUGGGUGAUGGUGGCUAUGGUGUAAGACACUAUUUUUUUACACCAUUAUUAAAUCCACACACUCAAGAAGAGCAGUUGUAUAAUGAAGCUCAUAUUCGUACAAGAAAUGUCAUCGAAAGAACUUUUGGUGUCUGCAAACGAAGAUUUCCUGUGCUAGCAUGUGGAUGUCGAUUAAAAAAACAAACUGUUUUGAGUAUUGUAAUUGCGUGUGCAGUCCUGCAUAAUAUAGCUCGACAAAUGGGUGAAGAUGAACCUCCUCUCCCAGCUGACAUUAACCAGCAUGAACUGCAGCGACUUAUUGAAGAUGGUCAAAUAUCAGAGGUCAAUGUUAUUGUUGUAUUAAUAUUUUAUUUUAUAUUUUAUUGUUUUUCCGUAUUAUCCUGUUUCAGUUUUCUCAGCUGCUCCUUUUUUAUUUCAAUAUCUAAUUCUAAAAUUUGCUUUCGAAGCAAAAAUUCAACUUGCUUUCUUUCUUCGUCAUGUUUUUGUCCUUCGAGUUGUGUCUCAACUAACUCCAUUUUCUUUGUAGCUAGUUCGUCGUAAGCUUUCGACAAAUGGCUGGAAUGUAGUGCUGUUAUUGUUGGCCUCCUCCUAUUAAUGACUGAUUAAUGUUAAGACAAAGGUCUUUUCAUCUGCCGUAAA